UCAAAUCCUUCAUCAAGCAACACCACCAAACAAAUUCGCGAUAGCCUCCGCAGCGAGGGCAAUUGCCUGACCCCUCCACCGUCCGCGACUCCGGGCCUUGCGCAAUGCGGAAAUUCGGGGGAACCGAGAAAUGAGAAGUUGGACGUACCAUCUUGACUGUACUGUUAGUAUGGCCGGGUGGUGUGGAUGGGGUCUCGCGUGUCGUCUGCAGAUUCACGUCGAAUUCGAGGAGUGUCGAAAUCCGCAAUAAGCGAGUGUGAGGCGCUAGCCUGAAGGGUGUAGCGCCUUGGCUUCGCGUCGGCGGACAGACAGGGCAGGGAAGGUGCGGGUGCGGCAUGACGGCAGGAGCCCAAGAACACCACUAUUGCCUCGACAUCUUGGAGUUACAGUGCUCUCGAUAUGUCUUCAACAGGCGGAGGAUGGGCGCAACUGCGCCAGCAAGCACGCGCUCUGGAGCAGCAGACCGAGACGCUGUUCCAUACAUACUCGCAAUUCGCUUCGACACCGAGCAUUCCAGCAAAACCCUCGGAAGAUGAGCUGCGGACCGAAACAAACUUGCAAGAGGUCCUCGAAAAGCGGGAAGCUCUCGUGGGCCAACUAACACGACUCCUCGACUCUGAAUCGGCACACUCGUCCUCCGCCGUAAAGCAAAACAAUCUCGCUCGACACCGUGAAGUCCUCUCAGAUCACCGUCGCGAACUGUCCCGCCUCAAGUCAACCAUCAGUGAUGCGCGCAACAGAGCAAACCUCCUCUCCAACGUGAGAUCAGACAUCGACGCAUACCGCUCCGCAAACCCAGAGCAAGCCGAGGCAGACUACAUGCUGGACGAACGACGGCGCAUCGACAACUCGCAUACCGUAGCCGAUUCUGUGCUCAGCCAGGCGUAUGCAGUGCAGGAGAGCUUUGGGGUGCAAAGGGAGACACUGGCCAAUAUCAAUCGGAGGAUAGUGGGUGCUGCCAGUCAGGUACCGGGCAUCAACAGCUUGAUGGGCAGGAUUGGCACGAAGAAGAGGAGGGACGGCAUCAUAUUAGGGAGCUUCAUCGCCUUUUGCUUCCUGAUGCUGAUGUGGUUUUGGUGAUAUGGCUGGGUUGGUAUGGUCUGAUUUUGGCGUUCAAGGGGACGAAUAUCCACACGACUUUCUUGGGUAUGGCACGCAUGCGGCGUUUGGCCUUGGUUAUCAUGUACAACUAUGUUUACAGCUCCUGGUACGGAGUCUUCAAUCAACAACCCUCCUGCAAGUCUUAUUCGACUUCAGUGAUCAGCUUCUUGAGCCCCUUGUUCAUGUCCUCCAUCUCAGUCCCCUCCGCAUCAGCACUCCCCGCCCAUCGAAUCUUACAAUCCUGAUCGAUCAAAUACAC